AGCCUCGAUUAAGUGCAGUUUUUUCUCAACUCCUUAAAUUAUACGGCUGGCUCGCUCACCUUCGAUGAGCGAUUCCGGGAAAAAAGCGACGGACGACGAUGAGGUGGAGCAGUUGCUGCGGGCGGCGCACGACGACGUGCUUCUAAAGCUCAACGUUAAUUCACACAUAGCUCGCGCCUCCGCUUCCGCCGCGAUCGAUCCAGAUCUCGAACGCCGUUUCGAAGCCCUAAAAAGACCACAAAAGCCAACAAAUGUCAACAAUCCGGCGAAAACCGUUUCUUCGGAAACGAUUAGCGGUGGCGAUAGAUUCGCCGGCACCGCCGCCGCGGCGGACGACCUGUUCGCCAGAUUCGCAGCUCUGAAGAGCUCGAUUCCGUCGCACAAUAAACGCGAAGACGCAGGCGAUUCUGUUGGAGCCAAUCGCGAGGCGCAGGAAGAAGAAAGCGAAGAUGAAGUCGACAAGGUUAUACGGUGGGCGAUUGAUGCUGCCAGGCUCGAUCCUUCUCCGCCGUCCGACGACGAUAACGAUACCGACGACGAGGAGCGAAAGAGCAGAACACAAAUGACAAAAAAAUAGCAACAAAAUCUGCUGAAUUAAGGUACACCAUGCUGCUUCUACUUCUACCUCAUCGUGAAGUUGCUCGCUCUGCUGCAUUCCAUUUUGAUCGAAUUCUGCCAUGUUUUUAUCUGCGCUAUUGCUGCAAAAAACUUCUGAACUUAGAUAUAGCAUCAUAGUUUUGUAAUCGAAGAAUUGCAUAAUUUAUACCUUCAAUUUCCCAAACAUCGCCAUGAAAUCAUUGA